CAGUGUCUGCUAAUCGUCAGAUGUACACAUGUUCCUGACAGGUUAACACACGAUGUUUCUGACCAGUGUUCAAUAAAUAGCGAUGGGUCGUCCUCUAGCCCAAAGACCAGCUGUCCAGUCCACGAGACAUCGAGAAUGAGGUCCACUUUCAUUUUCUGCACACUAAUCGUAGCGGUAUCUGCAACAUAUUAUGGUGGUGGUGGAUAUAGCGGUAUGGGGGGAGGUCACGGAGGAAUAGGUGGAGGGUAUGGCGGGAGAGGAGGAGGAUAUGGUGGACUAGGAGGAGGAUAUGGUGGAAUAGGAGGCGGAUAUGGUGGACUCGGAGGAGGAGGAUAUGGAGGGAUACGAGGAGGAUAUGGUGGAAUUGGGGGAGGAUAUGGAGGGAUAGGAGGAGGAUAUGGCGGUCUUGGAGGAGGAGGAUAUGGCCGUCUUGGAGGAGGAGGAUAUGGCGGCCUUGGAGGAGGAUACGGCGGGAUAGGAGGUGGAUAUGGUCGACUCGGCGGAGGAUAUGGCGGACUAGGUGGAGGAUAUGGCGGACUAGGUGGAGUUGGUGGUAUUGGAGGUGCUGGUGGUAUCGGUGGAAUCGGAGGUGGAUAUGGCUAUGACGAUUAUUCAGGAAGUGCUGGAUACAUUGCUGGUGGAAGAAGUGGACUAAUAGGAGGCGGCCAUGGCGGAUUGAUGGGCAGGAAAGGGGGAGCUAUUGGAGGAAGUUAUGGGAAGCCACAGUAUUGGAUACUAACUACGGCAUAAUACAUCACAGGAAAUAUGUUUGUGAACAAAAUAUGUUAUCUGUAUUUAUAUUUAUAUCAAAUAUGAAAUAGUAAAAAAAAUGCAGUUAUUUCAUUUUUUUCAAAGAUUGAAAGAUAUGGCAUCUUUAGUUUCGAAAAAAAACCUACAAAAGUCCCAACUUAAAUUAUGAGGUAUUACAGAUGUCUCAAUGUAAAGAAAAGAAUGACAAUGAAUAUCAAAUUGCUUCAAAAUCUGAAUCAGGUUUUAUAAAGAAGCGUACUUUCAAUGAUACUAGACGUUUUUUUGUCACUCUUCAAAGGUGACAACAAUGGCCAAUUAACAUUACAAAAAUCAUUCUCUGACAUAUUGAUGGCGUCUAGAGCAAGGUUCAACUAUGAUUAAUUAUUGUUGUAAUUAUAUUGCAUAUAUUACUGUGAUUAAGUGCCUUCUUGAGAUAUAUGUGAGAAGUUAUGCUUCCUUGCAUGAAUUUUAUUUUAUAUUAGAAAAUUCAAUCUAAUAAUUAGAACACUCAUGCAUGUGCAUUUGUACAUGUAUAUACGUAGUACUACGUUGUUUUAUUAUUUGGUAUUUUCUCCCAAAAAUGUUCAUAAAUACAAACUG